AUGUUCAUUCGCCAAUCGGGGUUCCGAUAUGUACAGAGGCAGAUCAGGAUGUAUAGGUGGAACCGGCUAACGGCCAACAUGUUGCUCACCGGCAGCCGUUCUGAGGCUGGAUCUUCGAUGGCCUUGGUUAUUUGUGGUGCUGGUAUUGGAGGCUUCUCCCUCGCGUCUCACGCGAUGGUGUCCCCGAAUGAUCAUGGGACCUCCUGUGGAUGGCUUGGCGGUAGUAGUAAAAGCAACGAGGAGGAUGAGAUGGUGGACGAGAAGGAUGUCUUGAGUGACAUUGAAUCCAAUAAGGCUUUCACCAUGGGGAGCGGUGGAGGGUGUAGUAUUGUGGCUAAGUUGGGUGAUAGCCAGCAGCACCAGCAGGAGACAGUAACGGCUGAUUCAACGCCUUCUACGGCAUCGGGUGGUUAUGGGGAGGAGGAUGCUGUAUGGGGCGAGCUUAUGGAGGGUGCAGGGGCCUCAGCUGAUGCUAGGAUCAGACCAAAUGACCUGCAUUUGGCUGCCUUCAGGGGCGAUGUAGUCGAAGUGAAGGCUUUGAUCAGCACUAAGGAGCAUCAGAUCAACCAAGCGGAUAGUGAAGGCAUGACACCAUUGAUGGUGGCUGUUAAACAGGGCCAUUUGGCUGUUGCUGAGCUGCUCUUGCCGCUCAGUGAUGUCCAUGCUACUGAUAAGGAGGAAUGGACAACUCUGCAUUGGGCGUGCGAAGUUGGAAGGUUGACAUUCGUUGAGAAGCUCUGUGAGGAGCAUUCGGAGCUGUUGGCUAUGACGGAUAAGAGGGGUCUCUCUCCCCUGCAUAUUGCUUGUUGGCAAGGGAAUGAGGAGUUGGCUAAGAUCUUGUUGGAGAGCAAGGCUGACAUGAAAGCCUUGACCAAAUGGGGCGAAACGCCUUUACACCACGCGGCAUUCUUUGGCCACGUUGAGGUGUGUCGACUCCUAUUGGACCACGGGGCGGAUCCUCUAGUGAAGGAUAGACUGCGUCGUUCGGCUAAGUCGUUGGCAAGUGGCAAGGCAGCCAAGGCGGAACUACGAGAUCUGUUCCGCGAGGCUGUUGCUCUGAACUCGUCCUCCACGGCCUCCCUCAAUGAGUGA